AUGCUCGAGAGCAUCGCCUCCAGCUCGCAGGCCACGGCCGCCCGCUCCAAGCUCCGCUCCUUCGGUCUCUGGGUCGGCAAGAACCUUAACUUCUACAGAGUGCAUGUCCUUGUCUUCACCUUCACGCCUCUCAUCGCCGCCGCUAUCUUUUACGCUUGCAAUGGUGAGACGCACAUCAAGUUCAUCGACGCCCUCUAUUGCUGCGUCUCGGCCAUGACCGUCACCGGCCUCGUCACCAUAAACAUCAGUACCGCCAAUGGAGGUCAGCAGGCUAUCCUCUUCAUCCUCAUGUGCUUUGGUAACAUCUCGGCCGUCAGCGUCACCAUGAUCUGGAUCCGUAGAAGCUUCUUCCGCAAGAAGUUUGAUCGUGUCGUCCGUCGCAGCGCCAGAGUGCGCAAGCGUAUGCACGACGUCGAGGAGCAGGAGCGCAAAGAACGACGCCACAAUAUUGCAAAGAUUCAGCGUAUGGUCGGUCUCAAGUCGUCCGACAGCACCACCACCAUCAGCGACACCGAAGACCACGACCAGACCAGUAGCAGCUCCAGCGGCCAAAUCGAGCUUCGUCGUAUCGACAAGAGCAAACAGAAGAGCAAGGGAAAGCGCAAACCGCUCCGCGCGGACAUGAUUCGUCGCAUUGAUGGACCUGCUUUCCUCAUCAACUCGGCCGGCGAUCCUUCCAAUACCAUUCCCGAUCAUCAUCACCAUGCUGCGCUGCAAAACACCGAUGAAUCUCAGGUACCGCUCACAUCCGAGCCAGAAUCAAUAGACCCGCCUCGCAUCGCCGUCGCUGCUUCUGCUCAGCCCGGUGCCAGCAUCCUGGCAACCGACCACGGCCGGCAUGGCUCGGUCGCUUCUGACGAUCCUAAUGGGCAGCCCAGCAUUCGAAUCUCGCUUCCGCACGAAAGCCAAACCGGCGGCGAUUCGACCAGCUCGCCUCCUCCUCCUCCUCCUCCUGCUCGUAAACGCUUUUCCAUUCCGCGCUUCGACCAUCGUCACGAUCCUGACGCUGAUUCGGACGAAGAGGCCGUUGCAGAAGAGGAGCAAGAGCAAUCACAGAUUCCAAGCUCGCCCCCUCUUCGCGCACGUUUUCCGGAUCACCAGGCUCUUGGACGUGGUCGACGAGUCUCGGAUCCGCCUCAAUCUCAAUUUCGUCGUGGCUCCGACACCGGUCUGAUGCAAACCUACGCCAGACACGAAAAGCCAGACAUGUUUCCUCGUGCCCAGACCGUGGAAUUUGCCGUGCCAAGCGACUUCCGAUCAGCAAGUGAAUCACAACAACGCGAGCCUGGCUAUACGACCGCCCACGGCAACGGCGGUGCUGGUGGUCUGCGACAACGCAACACCACCUUCAAUCGCACCGUCACAGGCCGAUCUUACGUCUCGGGGCGGCUCAGCAACGGCAGAACGGGCGUGCCACUGGCUCGCACGCAGACAUCGUCCAAGCAGCGUGGGUUCGGUGGUUUCCCAACUCCCUUCGAGAUCGCAGGCAUGGCCAUCAAGAAGGCCGUGCCCGGCGUACAAGAGCGUUUCCAGAGAACGAUGACCAUGCCCCGCACCGCCACGUUUACAUCUGUGCGUUCCGGUGGCGGGCUCACCGAGAGCGCCACCAAGCCAGCUCCCUACCUCUCCUUCGACGCCACUGUGACCGGCAACUCGCGUUUCCAGGCGCUGACAGAAGCACAGCGCGACGAGCUCGGAGGUGUCGAGUAUCGUGCGCUCGACCUGCUCGCCAAGCUGGUGCCCGCCUACUGGCUCAUCGUCAAUCUCGGCAUGGUGACCAUCGUCGCUCCGUAUAUCAACAGCAGCGCAUUCAAAAAGUAUCGGCCUGUCUUUGAUGCACAGGGUACCGAAAAGCCAAACUACACGUGGUUCUGGUUCUUCCAAGUCAUCUCGGCUUACUCGAACACGGGCAUGUCGCUCAUCGACACGAGCAUGACGCAGAUGCAAGAUGCCUACUUCCUGCUCAUCCCCAUAGGCUUCCUCAUCCUUGCGGGCAAUACAGGCUUCCCCAUCUUGCUGCGGUUUUUCAUUUGGAUCAUCUCGGUGUUCGUUCCAUCGCGCUCGAGAUUGUACGAGACGCUCCAGUUCUUGCUCGACCACCCGCGUCGAUGCUUUGUCUACCUGUUUCCUUCAAGUCAGACAUGGUUCCUGUUCUUCGUGCUGGUGCUCUUCAACUCGAUCGAUUGGCUCGCCUUCCUCAUCCUCGAUAUUGGCAACCCGGUCAUCGAGCGCAUCACGCUCAGCAUCCGCGUGUUUGAUGGCCUCUUUCAAUCGAUCGCUGUGCGAGCAGCGGGCUUUUCGGUGGUGAGUCUGCUGGCUCUGGCACCCGCGGUGCAGUUCUUGUACGUCGUCAUGAUGUAUCUGUCCGCAUUCCCGCUCGCACUCUCGGUGCGCAGUACCAACGUUUACGAGGAAAAGUCACUCGGCGUCUACGUCGACGAACCCUCAGAGCCAGGAGCGGCUCCCCAGGAAUCCAACAACCCGAAGGUGUGGGGAUCGUUCCUAGCAUCACAUGCGCGUCGACAGUUGGCGUUCGAUAUCUGGUGGCUUGGGUUCGCGCUGUGGCUCAUCUGCAUCAUUGAGCGCGACAACAUCCGGGAUCCGGAAUCGAAUGGCUGGUUCACCAUCUUCAGCUGCCUAUUCGAGCUCACCUCGGCGUACGGUACGGUUGGACUGAGUCUGGGCACCCCAUAUGACAACUUCAGUCUGUCUGGACGCUUCCACACGCUGUCCAAGCUGGUGGUGUGCGCUGUGAUGAUUCGAGGUCGACAUCGAGGAUUGCCGGUCGCAAUUGAUCGAGCUAUUUUGUUACCAUCCGAGCUGGAGCAGGAGGAUAUGAUGGAUGAUGAUCUGUCGCACAUUGACGACUUGUGGGAUCGGGAUAGCACAUUUGUCGUUGAUCCUGCGGCGACGGCGGGGACCGCAGUGCCACGAGGAUCGAUGAACGUGGCGGAUCGACAUGGAAGCAACAGCAGCGGCAGCGGGGUAGGCGGCGAGAGUAGCGAUGACUACAAACCACCAGCGUCGGGCGUCUCGUUUGCGAUCAACCCGAUCAAGGCCAGACGAAGCAGUAUGCCGCCGUCAUCGAUGGAAGCGCUCUCGCCGAAGCAGCAGGCAGAACAAGCGCACGAACCCCGAAGGAGCUUCACGCUGACGCUGCCACCAAGCAGCUUACCUCUGCAUCACCAGUCGCCCUUUGCUGGCGGACUGCCUCCGCCGAGCCACAGCAGUAGCAGCGGAGUGUUGGGACCAAUGAUGGUGUCAUCGCCUGGCCAGCUGACUGCGAUCGACGAGAUGCCGUCUGGGUUGGGUACGACGCCUGUCAGUCAGAGCCGGUCCGAGUCGCCCGCUGGUCAUGCUUCGCCGCCGAGUUCAGACAGCAGUGAUGCGAGUGUCAAGGGCAAAGAGAAGCAGUGUGGGGAAGUGGAUGAGGAGAGGGAGAGAGACAUGGCGCAGCGUGCAGGAUGUUCGUCUCCUGGUGGUCAGCAUGACCCUCUUACUGGCGAGGCGUAG